AUGCCACGGCCUGCGAGGCAUGAUCAACUUCCUCAACUCACUCGCUUGAUCGACUGGGAAUCUCUCACAUCCAAUACUUAUGCACGAGACGGUAUCUCGGUAUCGGCAACCAGCGACUCGGGUUUGCCAGCUCUCGACGCGAGCUCCUUGCCAUUGCCGUACGGCAAUCCCGAUGUACCUUGGGCAGAAGAUCCCUUUAAUGAUGCCCUUGAAACACAAGAUUACGUCCAACUGCUCCCGAGCAAUACGGACCCAACCCAGGAGAACUACUCAGCCCAGUCGAUGAGAAGCGGGCGUAACACAGACCUGCCUCGAGACCCAAUUCAGGACGGAAAUACGACUAGCCGACUAGAACAGUGCGUGCAGGCAAUACUUUCGGCGGGCUUUCUUUCCGCUGAAUCCUUCGUCCUCGAGUACUUUCUGUCACGUCUGAGACCCCCGCUUCGGGCAGCUACGUUGCAACAGUCAAGGGGUUCAAGUACUCUUGGUCAAUUGGUGAUGGUGCUACAGAGCGCUUCGACCUGCAUGGACCCUGUGGAAGUGGCGGGCUUGCAUCAUGGAAUUAUUAAAGCUGCGGGUCAGGUGUGUAGCUUAGAGCUCCAGCAACUGAAAUGUUCAUCUUAUCACCCUGAGGAAGUGGAAUAUCAAGUGAGUUGUCCGAUCAGAUAUUAUUAUCUCUAA